UCCCCUGCACGUUUCUGCUUUCACGUAUUUGUGCAGUAGACGCAUCAUUGACAGCCCCGAGUUCCUUAUGAUGAAAUACCAGUGUUGUCAAUAGACAGGUUAUCAAUUCUUAAUGUUAUCUGUCAUCUAUCUAGCCAAGGCGAGACGCAAGACCACAAUAUCCGAGGCAACCCUUUGAACCGGCGUUUCUCGCUAAAUCGUCAGCUUUGCCCAAGUCAAAAGCCCCCCGAGGUCGGGGAAAUCGUGCGUUUUCGCUCCACACCAAAGCUGCACCAGCGCUACUAAACAAUUUCUUCGGGAUCGCUCGGGGGAGAAACGUGAGCAGAAAGAAGAAUGUGAAAUGGACUGAGUUGCUGUGAGAAACAUUGAAGGUCGGGGGAAAGAGAAGAUAUUGGAUUUUAUUAGGAAUUUUCCCAUUUAUCAAAUUAAGGUUUGUCCACAGACGUCACAAUGAUGACUACAAGAGACCCAAAGCCCAAGAAGACACAACCCAAAGACAGCUUGACGUUGUUGCCUUGCUUCUAUUUUGUAGAGCUGCCCAUUGUGGCUUCUUUUAUGGUGUCGCUCUACUUCUUGGAGCUGACGGACCUGCUCCACCCGGCCCAGGUGGGUUUCCGUUGCCAUGACCGCACGCUGAGCAUGCCCUACGUGGACGGUGGAGACGAGCUCAUCCCUCUACUCAUGCUGCUCAGCCUGGCCUUUGCUGGGCCGGCCGCCUCGAUAAUGAUAGGGGAGGGCCUGGUCUACUGCAUGCAGUCACACCUUAAGAUCCGCCCUGGGGUGGAGGGCAGCAUCAACGCCGGCGGGUGCAACUUUAACUCCUUCCUACGGCGAACGGUGCGCUUCGUAGGCGUCCAUGUGUUUGGGCUGUGUGCCACGGCUCUAGUAACUGAUGUGAUCCAGUUGGCCACAGGCUAUCACUCCCCCUUCUUUCUGACCGUGUGUAAGCCCAACUACACUCAGCCAGGUGUGGCAUGUGACAAAAACCCCUACAUCACCAAGGAUAUCUGCUCCAGCCACGACCAGCACGCCAUCCUCUCUGCCAGGAAAACCUUUCCCUCCCAGCAUGCAACCCUGUCUGCAUUUGCUGCUGUGUACAUAUCAAUGUACUUCAACUCAACCAUCUCAGACAGCACCAAGCUGCUAAAGCCAGUGUUGGUGUUUGCGUUUGCCAUCGCUGCGGCACUAACCGGACUGACCCAGAUCACCCAGUACCGCAGCCACCCCAUCGACGUCUACGUGGGGUUCCUCAUAGGGGCCGGCAUCGCUGCCUACCUGGCUUUCCACGCCGUUGGCAACUUCAGGUCCUCCGACGACAUCAUCAUGAAGCCAGCUCCGACCCCCCAGAAGGAGGACGCCCUACGAGCUCUGACCCAGCGGGGCCACGAUUCAGUCUACAACAAAGGUGUAGCUUCAGCGUCGGAGAGCGCUGACGAGAUCGCUGCGCCCCCCUCCCUGGACCGGCUGGAAGGCAUGGGGCGUCCGCUGCAGCGCGAGAAAGCCUCCAUGGGCAGCCUGAAGAGGGCCAGCGUGGACGUGGAGCUCCUGGCACCCCGCAGCCCCAUGGGUCAGCAGACCAUGGUGACCUUCAGCAACACGCUGCCCAGAGCUAGCAUGAAUGCGAAUGGGGGCAUGGGCACUAAUGUGGCACCCGACGAUUCCAUGAUGCAGCCCACCCAGCCUGUAAAGAGGAGGCUGAAGGCUGUGCAGGUGCCCAUGGACCCCAUGCGCUCACAGCAGCUGGUGACAGAGUGGAAGCAGAAGUCCAUGGAGAUGCGGGGUCUGAGCCUCAGAGAUGAGGCAGAGCGGGAGGCCAGUGAGGAGGGCUCCGAAGGGGAAGAGGAGGUGUCUGAGGACGGGGGGCCACAGGCCUCGUUAUACCCAUCUACGGUGCAGUCCAACAGUGGAGCUUCCACUGGCCAAAUCCCCAUAAGUGUGGGGCCUCCGGGGGGUGUGAGGGUGGUGGCAACCCCCAGACCCCCCCACAUCCCAGAGACAGGUCCGCCGCCGGUGUCGCCCAAGAGCGCAUUGACCCGCGCCAAGUGGCUGUCAAUCACGGAGAAGAGCAGUGGCAGCGGGUCGCUUCGGGGGGCUCCCAACCAGCCACGCAUCAUGCAGGUGAUCGCAAUGUCCAAACAGCAGGGCCUUCUCCAGUCCUCCUCCUCGGGGGACACACCCAAGUCCUCCGAGACCACCUCCACCUCCUCCUGCACCUCCUCUACGGCCAGCGCCGACUCGCCCCACUACCGCCCGCCCUUGGAGGCCCAGCGCAAUUCGGCCAUCAUCACGGUAGACGCCCACGCCCCCCACUACCCUGUGGUGCACACUGCCCCCCAGCCCUCCUCUGGCAAUGGGAAUCCCUGGAAGUGGAGAGACGCGUCUGAUGGCAGUGACCCUCGCGACGCCUACGAGCUAAACAACCUGAACCGCAGCGCUGCUCGAGGCAGCUUCCGGCCGCACCAGACCAUCUCGCCCUGCUCCUCCACUGGUGACGGCGACCACGAAGUGCUCCCCCCUCCACCUCUUCCUCACACCGAGGUCCUCCAUGACGGGCGAAGCCGAGAGUCCACUUUACAACGCAAGACCGCCCUAGUUCAAUUUCAAAACAAGACUGGACAGGAGAACUACUAUAAAAAACUACAGGGUGCCCGGAGGAAUAAGGAGUAGUUACUAACUAACUCUCUUACUAACUAAAUAACUAACUAACUAACUAGUUAGUCUUACUAACUAACUAACUAAUUAGCCUUACAGUCAAACCACAAAACCUUGACUGACAAGCUGGGGUCUGCUGCUAUGCAGCUCUCAGACUUUGUGUGAUGUUAUCAAAUGAGUUCCGCAAUACGGCGGUAGCCUACAUGUGUAUGAUGUAUGCUAGCUGGAGGAAUACAUCUUGAGUGGAUGUGGAACUGGUGAGUGUCAUAGCAGGUCUGUGCAAAAAGGGAUGCUGAGGUAUUUCAUUUCAGGAGCACAAAGAAGCUUUUCAAAGAUUAAAAUGGGAAGAACACCACCACGCAACACAAACCAAAAAACACAUUUGAAGGAUAACGUAUUAAAGCUCCAUCUACUGAGCUGAACCAGGAAGUUUUGAAACAUUUACAACAUCUUCAUUGACUCCAUCUUCCUUUCAAUGAUUCCUGUUACUCAAUGGGCUGAUUGUCUAGUGUUGGUAUGGCAUUGACUCUAUGUUGUGGACUUUUUGUUGUUAAUACUUAAUUGCUAAUGUGUAGAUUCUGAGCAUGUAUGUCUGUGUGUUUGGGAAAGUGGGUCAGGUGCUUGUGUGUAUGGGUGUUGGGUGUAUGGGUGUUUGUGUUAAAGAAGCACAGUAUGUUUAAAAAUAUAUAUAUUCUGCUGUAUUCAGCAGAAUGUGUAGGGGCCAAUGAUGGUGCCAAUUCUCAACAAAGUUCAGACCUUGAUCUUAACUCUAAAGCUGAAGAACAACAACAAUUUUAACCUGAACUUCUUCUGUUGUAGAAUACUGACAGGACUGAAUGAAAGUAAGUUGUGUAAAGGAGUGCUUUUCAAUUUCAACUUCUCCAUAUGGAUCUUACUUUUGAGAGUGCUACUAGAGUGCCUCAUAAACUGACUUAAAGCAUAAACCGUGUGUAUUUUUUACUGGACAUGUUAUACGAGAACAAAACUACAAUAAGGAAAGUCCCAUCAGGGGAACAGUCAUUCUAUCAAAGCAAUAGCGGCAGUACGAGGCAGAAUGUGUCAAAUAGGAUGGGUAAUAUUGACGGUUUCCUUUUUGCUGAUCGUUGAAACCUUCGAAGUGAACAUGCACACAAAUCAAUACACUCCUGUGGAUGGACUACUGCACGUUAUGUACAUGAUUGUCAGGUUGGAAGUACUACUUUGUCAGUAAACAAAAAAAAUACAUUAAAAGUUGUCAUUAGUAACUGAACUGUUAAGCACUAGUGUGGCAAAUGUUGUAUAUCUGAGGCAUGUUUGGUUCUUAAUGUCCACCAAAGCCCUCCAACUGACAAUCACAAGUUGGAUCAUCAAUUCCUCACAAACACUUCAGUACAGUAUGCGCUGUAUUUGGGCUUCAUUCGAAGUGUUCUAGUGCUGCGCACUGAAAUACCAACAAUGCGCCAGCGAGAAUCCUUAGUUGCUACAUACAUUUUUUUACUUAUAAUUUAUGAUAUUUACCCAUUGAUUCUUGAAGAAUAUAA